CAAAAAGCGUGCAAGAACAAGUUCAAUUCAGAGGACACGAAGAACCCAGCGCGAAUUACAUUAUGCCUCAACAAUCGCAAGCCAUACGAUAUUGCAACGUUGACUCGGAUGACCGGGAAGGAUUUCUCGGGCCCUACUCCAGAAAUCCGAGCACCAACACCGAUUCGCUCAACGGAGUUGGAGGCAGACGCACCGCCCACCGCUCGUCCCUCACCUAGAGUCAAACGGAAGAAGAGCCGGACACCUAGUGUCCGCGAUGCUGACGUGGAGAUCCUGGGAGACAUAGACGACGUUGAGAAGUAG